AACAGAUAAGUUCAGAACCAUGCACAUGCUAGUACAUUAAUGCAACAAACAAAAGAAAAAACCGUAUAAAAAACAAUAAAACAAAACAGUACUACCAACAAACAUGUGAAAAUCACAUUGCCACUAUCCGAAACCGAAACCCAAUAGGAAAAAAUGUUACUCACGAUUCAACACCAUCUCAAGUUGAUUCAUCAAUAAAAGAAUGAACUUGGCUUUCACUUUUACUCCAUUCUCAACUCCUAAUAAAUUCUCACCUUCCUUCAUUUUCACCACUCCAAUCUCUCACCCCCAAACCAAUUCCUCAGGUAGAAAAAGCUUAAUUUUUGGUGUGCAAAAGAUUGAUAAUCAUAUUGAGUCAACACCUACUACUACUGCUAUUAUGGCUUCACAACAGGGAAUUCAGCAAGUUAACCCUAAUUUUUAUCCAGAUAUUGAACCCUAUAGUACUGGUUUUUUGAAGGUUUCAGAUCUUCAUUCAAUCUAUUGGGAGCAAUCAGGAAAUCCAACUGGCCAUCCAGUUGUUUUCCUUCAUGGAGGCCCUGGAGGUGGAACUUCCCCGAGUAAUAGGAAAUUUUUCGAUCCUGAAUUUUACCGAAUCAUACUAUUUGAUCAGCGAGGUGCAGGGAAAAGCACGCCCCAUGCUUGCUUAGAGCAAAACACCACAUGGGACCUUAUCGACGACAUUGAAAAAUUAAGACAACAUUUGGAGAUUCCCGAAUGGCAGGUAUUCGGUGGAUCAUGGGGAAGCACACUUGCCCUUGCGUACAGCCAAUCUCACCCAGACAAGGUUACUGGCAUGGUCCUUAGGGGAAUUUUCCUUUUAAGGAAGAAAGAGAUUGAUUGGUUUUAUGAGGGUGGUGCUGCUGCAAUAUUCCCUGAUGCUUGGGAGCCAUUUAGAGAUCUUAUUCCAGAAAAUGAGAGAGGAUGCUUCAUUGAUGCUUAUAAGAAGAGAUUAAACUCUGAUGAUAUUGAAACUCAGUACGCAGCCGCUAGAGCAUGGACCAAAUGGGAAAUGAUGACUGCUCAUCUUUUUCCAAAUGAAGAGAAUGUCAAAAGAGGAGACGAUGACUACUUUUCACUGGCAUUUGCAAGGAUCGAAAACCACUAUUUCGUCAACAAGGGAUUCUUUCCCUCCGAUUCAUUCUUGUUAGAUGGAGUUGAUAAAAUAAAGCAUAUCAACACCACAAUCGUGCAGGGGAGAUACGAUAUGUGCUGCCCUAUUAUGUCAGCCUGGGAUCUUCAUAAAGCUUGGCCAGAGGCAGAUUUUCGGGUGGUAGCCGAUGCAGGACAUUCAGCCAAUGAACCGGGCAUAGCUGCUGAACUUGUGGCGGCUAAUGAGAAAUUGAAAAACAUACUCAAGAAUAAAGGGGACUAAAGUGAGUGGACCACCAAAUAGACACGGCAGGCGCGCGCAGUUGGUGACUAAUAAGAAACAUCCUUAGCAAGCUUUUUGUCUGCAAAGAAAUAAAUUACAAAUGUUUGUGUAUUGCAAUUUUGUAAAAUUUGCCUUCAUUGUCGAUGACUCAUAUUAGCAAUGCAUGCUUCUUUUGAUC